AUGCUUGCCGCGACGUCGUUCGGGUGGAUGGCGAAGCACAUUGACAUGCUGACGGGCGAGAAGGGCCGUAGUGGGGUGAGCAUCGAGAACAUCAAGACAAAGGGGCUGAAGGGUUUGCGAGACAACAUGGUGGAGUACAUCUGCAAGCGCGUCGCCGAAAAACGCUCUGCAGCGCCGACUUCACAAGCUGUCGGCCCCGCCGGCAGUUCGAUUGACGACGACGGCGCGGAAAGACAGACGGCGCCCCAAGCAGCAGUUGCCGCCCAGCAUCAGGGGAGCGCGAGGGUGUUUGCAGAAGGAGGAAACGGUGGAGGAGGAGGAGGCGACACUGCGAUAGAUGGGGGGGAGGAGAAGGAUGAGGUCGGCGUGGAGGCAACGACGGAAACGGGCCAGGAGGAGGCGGCAUGCGAGGGAAGUGGGAAGGUGCCGGUCGACGCCGGCGAAGGGGCGAACAUCACAGGCGUGCAGGAGACGGGGGAAGCAUCUGGUCGGCAGGGUCAUGAACUGGACGACGUCGAGGAACUUCGACGGAAGAACUGGUUGUUGAGGGUGGAGAACGCUCGGCUGGCGACGUUGCUCGAUGAGGAGAAGGCUCGGCUGGACAGGUUUUUUGUCGGGGUACGUGAACUCGUCGACAAGAUGAACGAGUUGGCCGACCAGGUCGCCGACUCCGACCAGACUGCGGCGGAACGGCUGCGGAACGCGACGUCGGCCAUGUCGACGACCAUCACGGGCAACAUCACCGGCAGCUUCGACGAGGCGUGGAAGACGAUGAAGACCUUCGCGGAACAGGCGUCGGCGUGGUUGUUGGACUUCGACAAUCCAGGGGGAAACAUGGCAUAUGCACGCGCCGAGGCGGUCUCCGCCUUGGCCGAACACGUCGAUACGGUGGUGGACGAUGCUAAGAGGGGUUUGGAGGAGUACAUCUCGAACCACCUAGCCUCCGCGCAGGUCAACAUCGCCACCGGUGUGACUCACAGGCUCGCCGUGCAGCCGCCGCCUCCGGCUCAGCCCACGCCGCCCGCCCCGACGCCCGCCUUACCGGAGGAGCUCUUGAAGUCGUUCAAGGCAGACAUCUUGAAGGCGGUGACGGAGGCCACCCAGCAGUCGUUUCUAGCUUCCGGUAUGAAGUUCAUGACUGAGAUGAUCGGCACUGUGGCGCCUGGUCGACGUGGGUCGUCGCCUUCGGCCAAUGGCGCCGAUCACGCGCAGCGGAGGGAGGCCGACAAGCAGGGCCAGAAUAGGACGGGCGGCGGAGACGAUGCGGGGAGCGUGGAGCGGAGCAAGGGAGCGGACGGGAGCCGCGGUCCAAGCGUGGUCGACCAGCUGAAGACGAAGGCGGGGUGGAAGGUGUUAAGGUCGUCUUCCAGCAAGGGGGAUGGGAGCGGGGGGGCAGAGGGUGGCACUGCCGACGAGGUUGCCGCUAAAGUCGCGGCACCGGAAGGCCCGCAUUUGGUCGCCGAGCAGACCCAUCCUCAGGCGAGCGGUGGGAAAGGCGUGCGCGACAAGGAGAUAACAACCGCUCAGACGGCGAAAGAUGGCGGCGCCAGAACCGCCAAGGGACCGUCCGUCGCUAUGGCGGGGUCCACGUCGAUUUCCCGAACCUCCCCCUCGGCUACCACCGCGCCGGCCGGCCAGUCAGGUGCCAACAACGAAGGGACGGCCAUUGCGGCCCCUUCACCUCCAGCAGCCCCACCGGCCGCCAAGGGCGACGUGAAGGCUCCUGCGCCUAAGCGCGAUGGUCCGUCAGCUGCUAAGUUGCCCGCCGGUGGUAACGCGCUCAGGGAGUUGCUCCUCCGCAUGGAGACACAUCGCAGGGACGUGCAGCAGCCUCCCGUGGUCGACGCCGGCCUCGCCGGAACAGCUCGUCGCUCCGUCACCCCGCAGGUUGCCGGCACGUCGUCCGGCGCCCCACUUGUCGCGCCUCAGGUCGCCGCCCGACCGCCUGCGGACCCAAAGUCCGCGUUUCUCCGCGCCCAGUUAGGCGCACGCAAAGCGGCAGCUCCACCUGUGACUCAGCCGGAUGCCGGUACAAGCGCGACGCCGACGUCGGUGCUCAGUGCUGUGGGCGAAGGGAAGGCAGCGUCGAUGGUUGCAGGUGCUGGGGAGAAGAGGGUCGAGGACUUCAAGAAGGUGAUGCACGCGGUGGUCGACCUAGCACGCAAUAGGGAGGCACCAGCAGGGGAGGUUGCACACAACGUCGCACCGGCGCUGCAGCGUCAGGCUGUGGACAAGGCCUUCAAGGAAGGGGUUGUAGGAGUCGAGGCCGACAUAAUCGCUAGAGCGACGGUCGAGACCUUGGCGUUCUGGGGAAUGUGCCCCGUCGCCGGGCCCAAGCUCAAAGAGCACGGCAUCGAUGUCCCGUGUGACGUGCAGAUGGAGUACGAUAUGGAGCACAGGGGGAGAAAGGGGGAGAAAGUCAAGCAGGGCAAGGGCAGCAAGAGGAAGAAGAGGCAGACGGGGAAGCAGGGCAAGGACAGUACGGAUGCGUAG